AUGAUUGGUGACUGUAACAUGACGUAUUUUGUUGCAGAAGGACAGAAGUGUCAGAGGAUGAUGAUGUCAAACUUAAAACUCAAAACCAAUGCUAACUGCAAGUACGUCUAGCCUUCCUUUUCCUGAACUUGAUCCAGAUCAAUUUAGAUCCCCUGGAAACUGCCCACUUACCCCUCCCCUAAGCCAACAGUUUGCCCUAAGUGGGAAGUAAGUUAUAAUGUUGACUUAGGGAAGGGGUGGGUGGUCAGUUUUUUAGAAACCUCAAUUGAUCCCUUGACCCUUUCUGACAUUUUUCUUGUAGUGGCAGUAGAAGAACCUCCCUGACUAAAAGUGGGGAUUACGAUAAUGAUAGCGAUUCCAGGGCAGCAAUUUUUCAGUUAUGGCGCUACUCACAUAUGUACACUAUAGGGUAUCAAGAUACAGUAAAACCCGCGACUAAGAACCUGGUUUUUAAGAAACUGUUUAGCUAAAAUUUGUCAUUAAGCCCCUCUCUAUACAAACUCUAUUCUUCAGAAAAUAUGAACCUAUUUAAGAAUCUAAAUAACCUAAAUUUGUGCUAAUUUCCAUAUUUGUAAGAACCUAUUUAGGCUGACUUGGAAAAAUGCAGGUUCUUAGUCGCGGGUUUUUUACCCUAUGCUUUUUGCCUCUGACUCUGGAAAAGGGUACAAUAAUCACCCUAUAUCUCUGGAAGAUGGAUAUAUUUUACUUCAGUUUAACUCUGGAAAAGUGUCGAUUUUUUCCCCAUAAUUCCUGAUUAUCCUUGAUCAAGCUUUGGUGCCAACUCGCAGGCUAAGUAGUUACUUUCUGAAACAGGGUCGCAAAUUUUAAAAGACGGAAUCCAUCAAAGACUCGACUGCGCAUCCCUAUAGUAAUUUAAAUUUAAGAAAUAAUUAUUUAUAGUAAUUUCAAUUUAAUUCAAGGGAGGAAUUUCAGUUUUAGAGGGUCAUCAGAUUAUUAGUCAGUUUAAUUACUUUCAAAUGUUACCCUCUUUAAAUAAAGUUUUUAUCACCUGCAUCAUCAUCAUCAUCAUCAUCAUCAUGAUCGUCUUCAUCAUCCUCAAGGAAGUACCCCUGUGGAAAGUAACCUGAAUCGAUUUGAACUCUAUGACCCUUUUAAAAGAGAAACAUCAAAAACUCUCCAUCUGCUUGAGUUCGUUAGGUAGUAGCGGUGACGUCGUCAAUAUUUAACUUGUAACUUGUCACUUUCAUCGCUUUAUGUCAAUGUCAUAUCGCUUUUUCACAGCCUUGAAUAUCAGAGUCAAACGUCAUGCUUAACGCGUCACGUAUCAUCUUGCCUCACGGAUCUUUACUCUGGCUUUGUGCCUGCUGUCACAUCCUUGCUAAAGCUGUUGAGUUACCACUGUGGAGAUUUACAAGUAGAUCCAACCUUGAUAAACCAGUUCUUGCUCAGCCAGAUACAAUGCAGGUCCGAAGUUUUCUCUAGAACCGUGCGAUGUUGGGAUAAGUUUCGCGAUAGAUUCAACAACGACAAGGCAGAUUCCAGACUCUGCAGGUAGGAAAUAAACUCUUGCCACAUUAUAAGAAACAAGAUUGGGACUAAGACGAAUUCUCUGCAGAAUUGAGCAACAAAAACGUAAAACUUGUUUUGACACAUUGCUGCGAAACGAGUUUAAUAGCUACGUUGCGCGUUAUACCUGUCUCCCAACAAAUCGCGUUGUUGCAAGUUGCAAAAAGUUGUUGCUGAAGAAGAGAAGAGUUCUACUUUUUACGAUACAAUCUGUACACGUUGCGCCUUUUACAUGCCCAAGAUAAAAUUGUUUUGCAGAAAAUGACGUGGCCCCUGUGCAUGGCAUAACUCUUGCGUUAUUUUGUCUAAUCAGAAAGUCAGUAUUCGUGCAACUUGCAACAUAACCUGACUUGUUGCCAGAAAGAUUUGAACGCGGGUGGUAAAACGCCAAACAUAGUUUUCGAACUCGCUUUACAGUAAUGUUGCGGAACCGUGAUUUUGCACGUUUUUGCACGUUUUGCCCGUAGUUUAAGUGAGAGCUGCAGUGACAAGUUCUACUACAUAAGUGUGAAAACUUCCAUGAAAUAUUUCAUGGUACAAACAACAUAGUUUUCUAAAUAGACCACUUUAUAUAAAAUUUUUAUUUCUGCUUACUUUUGCUACAAGAAAUGAUUCUGGCUAGCAUGCUUUUUCUGGCAAAAAACUAUAACAUGGAAUGAUUGAUUUCCAUCACAACUUUAAUUUAUUCAGCCUCUUACUCGUUUCUAACUUGAUCGUUACAAACUGAGCCAAGAACAAGGUGUUCUUUACGUCAGGUUGGUCUAGAGGACGUUUUCUUGGAGGAAAAGUGCCACAUUAUCCUAUUGUAUUUCAACCAGGAUUUACAUGAAUCAGCGCAAAAGUGAGCCUUUAACACAUUGCAGAAUGAAAUAUAUUAUGCAUGGUGUGGCCCGUGUUUAUAUUAACAUAAAACAACAACAGAAGUGUCAAAUUCGCUAAUGGUCUAGUUAAGAUCGGCAUUACCAGUCUGUGGAUUGGAAGAAAUGCGGAUAUUGUUCUGGGCAGGUGCUGAUAAAAUGUUUUUUGAUUUUUUGGCCAUACUCUUGUGUAGGGAUUAUGCUGAAGCAAAGGACUGUGUGACACAGCAAGCAAAGACUGGGUGUGCAAUUGGACAGUACAUCAAUAGGGACCUGUUUAACCCUUUUUGCACUUACAAUACAGAUCCACCAUUGAACAGCUCAGGUACUGCGUUCAACUGUUUUUGUUUUCUCACUGUAACCCCCUGCAAACGAUUGCCGAAGAUUGAGAUACAGCUAGAGAUAAUUUUUGAUAUUCAAAUUGAAAUAUUUCAAUAUUAUACCCUAUUUAACUAGAGUUUAAGGUAUUUUACGAUUAGCAUUGAAAGAAGUAAUUUGACUUGAAUUAGUGAAAAGGAAUUUUGUCCCAUUCGGUUUUUGGCGAUUUAAAGCAUUUUUUCUACACUACUGCGAGGUCAUUUUGUGCUUUUCAAAGAAAGUUGUACGUUCUAUCUGUAAAGUUUUCAUGGAAGAUUUUAAUUAUGUUGCUUCCUUUCCUCACCUUUCUAUUUUUAUUAUUUUGUUUGCAGGAUCGAUGGUCUUGAUUGGUCGUUGCGAUACUCAGAAGUUUGCAUCCUCUGCUUAUUCUUGCCAGAGAGAGAUGAUGACUAAAUUAGCAAGAGCAGACAGUGGAAGCUGUCGGUAACAGAAAAGUCAUUCACUUAUCUCAGUAUAAAAACCUAACUGUUAAUUACAUUAUCGCCCUCAGAACUCCGAUCCUUUUGGCCAGCGCCACGGAUUGGCUGCUCAUGGUGGGGUCCAAAGAUGUAAGGGACAUUAGUUACUGUCUGUUUGUAAAAUGGAAAACUACUGCGCUUACGCGUUAUCUUGGUCAGGCCAGGGCUCUGGAUUCGUGAUACUGACCUCAAGGAACGCAGCUCUGGGGACGAGAAUGAAGCACUUCGACGAAUAUAACAUGCCUGGUUACUUGACUCUUCUUGUAGAAACUCGCUUUCUUAAAAUCAAGUCAAAAUAAUAAAAAAUAUACUUAAAAUCCCUGGUGAGAGUUUUAGACUCAGUAUAACAGGUACAUCAAAGACUCAGGCUAGCUUUUGGCCGCCGAAUAGUGCUUCUGUUUACACGCAAGGGCGGUUAUGGCGGCACGAUUUCUAUGACGGAGCAAAGCUGCGCCGCGCGGAUCUCAAAAGUGGAGUGUCACACAUCAGACAGGUUUUGUGCCUUACUUUGUUGUAGUGUGAACUCCUAUUCGGCCCGUCGCGGAAGUAAAUAAGUAGGAGCGAGGCUUAGAACCAACUCAACCGGAAGUAAAUAUUUAGGAGUGAGGACUGGAAUUUAGUGCACUAAACUCUCUCGGCCAUCCGGGCCAGCACGGUGUUCGAUGUGUGUGAAACGACUUAUGCAUCCCCGAGUCGUUGCUUUUUACACUAUACCGGAUAACUUCCGGUGUAGUGUGUACAUAUCCUCAAUAUUCGAAAAGAGAGGACAUUUUCUUACACUUUUCAACUUUUCUUUUCGUAGGGACCAAUAUGCUAGGCUAAAGUCUUGCUUGUCGUCGAUCAUGGAAGAAUGUCUUACUGGAACGUCGCUUUCUUCCCUCCAAGAUGAAAUCCGUGAACUAGUGCAAACAGUACUUUACCACUGCGGUUCCCUUAUUGCAGAAAACUUGUCGAUCGAUUCCCUACUAAUGAAUAUACUUAAUUGCAACAAAAGUAUGUUUCAAACGUCCGUCCAAUGCUGGGAUGAAUUUAGGCUGAGGCUGCUACUGAACAAAUUUGACAAGCAACUUUGUGUGUAAGUUUCAAUGUUUGUACUGCAGUUGACAAUACUCCAUAGUACUCUAAAUAUGUGCUAAAAUAGUAGAACGUGAACUAGCACACUAUCAUGAAAUCACUAAAGUUCGUUUUUACGUGACCUCACGGCGGCCAUAUUAGUAUACAAAAAAAUUAAACAGUGGCCUUGUUGGUGUACCAAAAAGACACGUUGGGAUUGAACUCUUUUGGAAACUUCUUUAACAAAUCGUUUUGCGAUUUUUUUGAGUAAGAAGUGAUAAAUAAUGUUAGUAUUUACCGAAUCAGCGAAUAGCAAUUUUUGCGCGUUUUAUUUGGCUCCCGUUAAACGCGAAUAUCCUUGGCUAUUCACCGUUUUGCGACCGGAGCUAAGAUGGCGUCUCCUUUCAAGAUAUUUUCGAAAGAUGAAACAAAUACCAAGAAAGUGACGAACUUUGGCCUAUCAGUGGUACUUAGAAAAUCACUUUCAUGCUGAAUUUGCAACAAAAUGGUAAAAAUGCGCUUGAGAAAAUCCCGAAAUAUUUUUAAAUUGUGAACAAAGUGACGUAAGUAAUUCACAAAUGUUUAUUUGUUAUUCUUAUCCAACUGAUUUUGGUAAAUACUAAAACAACUAUCCCCCUUAGGGUCGGUUCUUAGCGGCCCCCCUUCGGGGGAUAGUUGUAUACUAUUCAAGAAAAACUAAAGCGACCGUAACGUAUGGAAUGAACAUUUUUAAUGGUUAGAAUUGGAUAUUGAGUUGUUUACUGGUGACACUGAGCCAAAUGACGCUUCUCUAUUUCAUCGUUCAUGAUGGAAUUGUGGAUUGCAUGAAGUUUGAUAUCUUCUGAACUAAGAGAGCUGUGCGUAAAAAAGAGAUAUACCAUCAUUGCAGUGGUUUCCGAAAGGAGUGGUUCAACUGUACAAGGGUUGUUAAAAUACCCUUACUAAUAAACGUACCCUGGGUGCAAGAGAUUUUUCAUGCGCGGUUUCCGGUUACAUUUAAGUCUCAUACGGCUUCGCUCUUCGCGUGGCUUUGGCCUUCCGCCGAAGAUGUGCCAACCUGCGGCCGACCCCAAAGCACCCCGCCGCACGCGACGAAAACUUCUGGCUUCAGUUGUUGAAACGUUGAUUAGCGUUAUCCAUCGGAUAAAUCACUAUCCAGCGGAUAAGUAUUAGGACAAACAAUUGCGCCAUCAAUUGAUAGAGAUUUAUCCAGUGAAUAGCGUUAUCCGAAUUUUGAACAACUAGGGCCUGGUAACCAGGGUAUAAUAACAACCUUCUAAUAUUUGAAUAUUUGUACCAAUUUCUGCCUGAGAAUGAUCAGAAGACCUUUCACUUGUUCUAAUAACCUUCCUCAUAACGUUCUUCACACUCAAUGCUACUCACGUUGUGUUACAGGGACUAUGCUCGUUCUAAGCAGUGUGUCUUAAAGGCUGUCAAACAAGGAUGUGCUAUUGGUGAUCUAAUGGAAGAGGAUCUUUAUAACCCAUUCUGCAUUGAUGGCAUAGAUCCACUUAGCGUGCCACCUGCUUCAGGUGUGUCCUUUUCUCUGUGUGUUUGACGCAUUAGUUUUAGAAGUUGACAGGGACUAUUUUCUCCAGCUCCAAGACUAGUUUAUAACAUAGCUAGAAUAUACACUUAAUCAAAUUCAAUAACGUGAGCGUGUUUCAUGUUCCCAUUGAGUACGUUGAUGACGUCAACAAAUUAAAACCUUGACUUCUAGUGAUCUUCGCAAUCCUCUGCAUUCAAUUACAGUUCACAAAGAAGCAUUUACCUGUGUUUUAUCAUGUCUGUAAUCUAAAGAGAAACACUUUUGAACUUGUUAACAGAUAGUAGGGGAAUUGAGGUGAGUGCUAUUGUUGCUGUCAUCUGCGCAAGUAUAGCGUGUGCAAAUCCUCGAGAUGCAACCAGCGGUAAUUGCUUUUAGUAUAUAAUAAAACAGUAGAUACCGUUUUUCUCGAUUUCAUUGGAUACUCAAAGUAAAACGUCAAGAAAACGCGACGUCCGUUUGGUCAUUUGGGCGCCAAAAUUGUAAUCGUCGGCAGCAGUAAAUGAGUUAAAAACCAUGAUUUACUAGCCACCUCCACUUCGUAGUGCUAGGAACGCAUAUUGAAACAUCUUUAUCAAUAUCUAUUGGUGGUUUAUUUUUUCGUACAAAGAAUGUUUAAAGAUUUAUGGAAGGCUAACUGAAGCGUAAUCAUUAUUAUGUGUUUGUGAUAUUCCGAAGGCUGUUUUUUAACAUUGAUGAUAGAGAGAGGCUUCAAGUGUACACUCACUUAAAGCAAAAAAUUAUUAGACGUUACUCCAACUAGAACUUACUUUUCCUUAGUAAAUGCAUUGAAAAAACGUGCGGUGGCCGCGCCGGGAUACGAGUUUUAUCUUCGAGCGCUGACAGUAUCUCUCACUCUUUCGCUUCGCGCACUCGUGAGAGAUACUUUCAGCACGAGAAGAUAAAAUUCGUAUCUCCAAGUGGCUAUGUAAUGUUCUGUUUAUUUUACAGAUACUGAUGAAAUUCCUACAUAAAACACUAUUUUUUUAUUCAUUUUCGAAACAGCAAAAUAGUGUAAUUAAAGUGGUCACCUAUCGCUAAAUGCCUGUCACAAAAAUGUUAUGAAACUCGGAUAUAAAGUUGUAAAGGAGAAAUAAGGACAAUGAUACUUAGUAACCUGAGCGGGAAGCUCUCUUGUAAUUGGCUAAUCAUGUUAGUAACCAUGGCGACAACAAUAACCUCACACGUGAAAUAUAAAAAUAGUAUAUUCACUGCGUGCGAUGAUCAUGAAGAUGUGAUUUUUUAGUAAAAAAAAAAUCCUGGUAUUUCAACAGUAUCUAUAUAAUAAAAUUGUUUGCACGAGAACUAAAGUUCAUUUAUUGCAUUUCCUCUUUUUUUUUUGCAGCUCUUCCUUCAAGUCAAUUUAACUUUGUUUGCACAAAUGCAUAUUUUUACGAAAAGGCAGUUGCUUGUGAAGAUGACUUUUUAAACGCUCUUUAUUCAACAAGAGUUAUUACUAACUGCAGGUAUGUGUAAUCUUGCAAUGUGCAGUUUUGAUUAGUUGAUCACAGUUUCGGAAAAUAUUUCUUCUAGGUAUGAUAAACUUAAGCACUUUUAAGUUUGUAUAGAAACUUGUUUAAGCCACGUUGCUUAACGAAUGUUCAAUAGUGAAUCCACUAAGCCGACUGUUUUUUUUCUUGUUUGUUUGUUUCAUCCUAGAAAGCAAUCUCAGUCUUUUCUAGACUGUCUAAAGGCUCAUUUUGAACCUUGCGUCAGGCCACAUUCUAAUCCGGUAUUAUCAGAGGCAUUGAGUACGCUGGUUCUGCAAAGCUUACAGGGGACCCAGCUUCUAUGCAGUUCGCCCAUACAGCAAAUCACGUGGGAUGACCUUCCUCCACUCCUUCGAUCGGUUGCAUCAUGUGAAAAUGAGUUUACUUCGGAAGCAGCUAGUUGUGGAAAAACUUUUCGUUCAAAGUUCAUUCCCGUUCCUUCACCACUGUGUGAAGAGUUUGAGGACGCCAAGAAGUGUAUGGACAAGGCUAGAGAAUCUCACUGUUCGUUUGGCUUUCAAGCCAGGGAGACACUCAAGGGAAAAUCAAAUCCAUUUUGCGACAACAGAACUCGACCGCUAUUCAACGACGAUAGCAUCUGCGAGAAAGUAGAUUCAAUACUGUCAUUCGUCAGUGUUAUAUUAGUUUUAUCAAACAACCUAUUUUAA